AUGCUUUCAAAAAGGCUAUUACUGCCAACUGCACUACGGCCACACGCUAUAGUACGUGCCAAUUUACAACGUCACCAACUAUUGGCUCGUCGUACAAAUGUUCACUCUUCAUUUGAUUGGAAGCCUAUUAAAGGUAAAGAUAAUGAUAAACCAAAACCUUCAGUUACUAGAUACAUUUUCCUUUCAUUGUUGAUUGCGAUGCCCUUAGUCACUUUUUAUUUGGGUACUUGGCAAUUGAAAAGAUUAAAAUGGAAAAAUAACUUAAUUGCAUCAAGUGAAGAUAAAUUAACAUAUCCUCCAAUUCCAUUACCAAAGAAAAUCAACCCUGAUGAUGCUGAAGAUUUACAAUAUAGACGCUAUCUAGUCACCGGUAAAUAUGACCAUUCUAAGGAAAUCUUUGUUGGUCCUAAAGUUAGGAACGGUGAAAAAGGUUAUCAGGUUUUUACUCCUUUAAUUAGAUCAGAUGGGGGUGAACCAAUUUUGAUUGAAAGAGGGUUUAUCACUGAUGAAAAUAUCUUACCACCAAGAAGAAAAUUGAAGCAUUUAUCAUUACCAAUGCAUGAAGUCACUGUGGAAGUCAUCUUGAAGAAGAUUAAUGAGAAAUCAAAUUUAGUGUUGAGUAAAUUGGACCCAGAUUCAAGAGUUUGGCAUGUUAUUGAUGUUCCUGAAAUGACUGAAGCUACUGGAUGUGCCCCAAUUCAUGUUCAAGCUUUAAUUGAUUUGAAGGAUUAUCCAGUGGAGACUAAGAUUGUUAAAGAGGAUAAACCAUGGUGGAAAAUAUGGAGUAGAGCUCAAACACAUGAAGAAACACAACUGAAGAAAGUUGAUGAUCCUAGUGAUAUCCAAGAGUUCAGUCCAUAUCAAUUGCUAAAAGCAGGUGUUCCACUUGGUAGACCAGCUAGUAUUGAUUUCAGAAAUAACCACUUACAAUACCUUGCUACUUGGUACGGGUUAAGUUUUGCUUCUUCCAUUCUGUUGUUUUUGGUGUUCAAGAAGAAACCAAAAAUGGAUCCGACAAAGGCCAAAUUGGAGCAUGCAAAGAGAUAUACUUAA